UCUCUACUGUGAAAGUGUAUGCUGGUCCAGACCUCAAGUCAGUGUAGCAGCAGCUGACAGUCUAGACCAAGAAAUGGACUCUGAAACCAGCAGAACGAUGGAGAUGGCAGCACUUGGUCGGCCUUUUAGCCUUGGAAUGCUGUAUGACUGCCGCCAAGACUCACUCAUCCCUGGAAUGACACUGUGGGACUGCAAUGAUCUGGAAAAAGAUACAAGAGAGAGACCAAAACCUAACAGUAACUUUGAGAUUGUUGCAUCUGAAUCAAUUGAAGAUAAAUCUUCAUCUCUAAAGGUUGAAGCUUCUCUUAAAGCAAGUUUCCUGGGUGGACUGGUUGAGGUUGAUGGAUCUGCCAAAUACCUGAAUGAUAGCAAGGCUUCCAGAAAUCAGGCCAGAGUAUCACUGAAGUAUGAAACCACCACAAAGUUCCAGCAACUGUCAAUGAGUCACCUUGGAAGAGGCAAUGUAAAGCAUCCGUAUGUUUUUGAUAAAGGAAUAGCCACACAUGUAGUCACAGGUAUUCUUUAUGGGGCACAAGCCUUCUUUGUGUUUGACCGUGAGGUGUCAGAGAAGGAAGAUCAUCAAGACAUUCAGGGCAACUUGAAGGUGAUGAUCAAGAAGAUCCCACUUCUUGCUAUAGAGGGUGAAGGUUCCCUGAAGAUGGAAGACAAGGACAGAGCAACUGUUGACAAAUUCUCCUGCAAAUUUCAUGGAGACUUUUCUCUUAAGAAAAACCCUGUGUCCUUUCAGGAUGCAGUAGAAGUAUAUCAAAGCCUCCCAAAAUUGCUGGGAGCUAAUGGAGAAAACGCUGUACCAAUGAAGGUCUGGCUGUUGCCGCUGACAAUUUUAGAUUCUUCUGCUGCUCAGCUCGUUCGUCAGAUAAGUAUAAGAUUAGUUCAGGAGGCACAGAGUGUCCUGGAAGACUUCAGUGAGCUGGCCAUGAGGUGCAACGAUGCAAUGAGGACAACAACUGCUCAGCAGUUCCCACAGAUCGGAAAAAAACUUAAAAGUUUUAAGGAAAUGUUGUCAGAGUUCAAGCUGGAAUUGCAACGAAAGCUGGCAAAGAAACUUCCAUCAAUCAGAGGAGGAGGUGAAGAGGAGGCUGUGCUCGCAGAGAUCCUGAAGAAGAGACAUUCGUCUCCUUUCAACAGUAAAAACCUUAAUGAGUGGAUGGACUGUAAAGACGGAGAACUCUGCAUUUUAAAAUCUUUCACCAACAUGAUGAAAAGCACAAAGAUCAUCCAAUCUCAAAGUGAUCUGUACAAAGAAACUCUCAGUGCAGAGCAUGCUGUGUGUUUUGUUUUCACCUCACUGGGAAGUGAUGAACCUUACCUCUCAGCUUUAUCAAACUACUUAAGAGGAACAACCGAACCAGACGACGCUCAACAUCCACACACUCGUGAUGUGGAGAGGGAACAGUGGUACCUUUCAAACAAAGUCCCUGAUUCAAUGAGGAAUAAAGCAAAGCUCUUCAGCAAUUUUGCAGAGGCCAACAAGGAGAACAAGAACAUAAAGUUCCUGACAGUGGGUUUGACUAACGAGACACAGAAAGGUUCAAGCAUCUACCUUUAUAAAGACGGCAUUUCUGUCAGUGAGAACUUUGAACCUCCUUCAGAACCUGAAACUGUGACAGGAAGUGACAUAAACCACAACAGUGUGACACUGAAGAUUUCUCCACCCAGAUUUGGAGCAGAGAACAUCACCUCCUACUGUGUGGAGUACUGUGUCAGAGGAGAGGAGGGAUGGCAACAACACACAGCAUCAAAGGCUGAAGAAGUCACAGUGAGUGAUCUGAGUCCUGACACUGAGUAUGUGUUCAGAUGUAGAGCAGUGACCUCAGUAGGUGUUGGACCAGUCAAUGAAGUCAAUGCUUCCAUUAAAACAUUGCCUUGCAGUCCUCCUGGAAAACCUCAAGUUGAACCAAACUCCAGUGAGAUAUCAGUUAGCUGGCAGAAACCUGCUGAGCUUGGACAAGAUGUCCAGAUUUGGAGCUACAUCGUGGAGUACGCCCAAAAGGACAAAGAGGUGAAAGAGGAAGAUCUCCAAUGGAAACAAAAAAUGUCAAGAGCUGAAAAGGCGAUCAUUUCAGGGCUUCAGUCAGAGACAGAAUAUGCAGUCAGGAUCAGAUGUGAUUGUAGUUUGGUUGGCAGAAGCAAGGAAAGCAUCACCGUUAAUGUCUGCACAACAAAACGUGAAUUUGCUCGUCUUGCAGAAUUCCUGCAACAUAUUAGCAAGAGUCUACAUUCUGGAUCCCCAUCACUUUACAAACUGCCACUGAAAAAAGAAGAUAUGGACAUAGAUGGAUGCCGAUGGUAUGAGUUUGGCAAAGAAAGCAUGCGGCAGAAUCGUACUAUUAUGCUUCUUGGAGCGACUGGAUCAGGAAAGUCCACUUUCAUCAAUGGAAUGAUCAACUACAUUGUUGGUGUAGAGUGGAAGGACAAAUUCAGAUUUAAAUUAAUUGUUGAGAAUCAGUCAAGGUCACAAGCUGAAAGCCAGACCUCUGAGGUCACUGUGUACAAAGUCAACCACCAAGAAGGGUUUAAAAUCCCCUUCUCUCUGACUGUUGUGGACACACCAGGGUUUGGGGAUACAAGAGGAGUAGGAAGAGACAAGGAGAUCACAGAACAAAUCCGGAGGCUUUUCCUCUCAGUGAACGGAGUCAGUGAGAUUGAUGCAGUGUGUUUUGUUACCCAGGCCUCUCUUGCACGACUAACAGCAACACAACGGUAUGUGUUUGACUCUGUGCUCUCCAUUUUUGGCAAAGAUGUGGCAGAAAACAUUGAGAUGCUGGUGACUUUUUCAGAUGGAAAGCAGCCCCCCGUGCUUGAGGCAAUAAAUGUCUCUGGAGUUCCAUGUCCAAAAAAUGACAUAGGGCUUCCAGUUCACUUCAAAUUCAACAACUCAGCAUUGUUUGCAGACAACAAACGCAUCAAUGACGGGGCCUGUGAUGAGGAUGAGGAUGAUGAUGAUGAUGAUGAUGAUGACAACUUUGAUGAAAUGUUUUGGAACAUGGGUACCAAAAGUAUGGAGAAGUUCUUCACUGCUUUGGGUAAAAUGAAAACCAAAAGCUUGCUAAUGACCCAAGAGGUUCUAAAAGAACGGAAGCAGCUUGAAACAGCUGUUGAAGGUUUGCAACCGCAAGUUAGAGCUGGAUUAGCAAAACUUGAAGAAAUUAAGAAAACUAAAGAAAAGAUCAAAGAGCAUGAAACAGUCCUGACUUCAAAUAAAAACUUUGAGAUUGAGGUGGAAGUGAUUAAGCCGGUCAAAAAACAGCUCACAAAGAAAGGAGAGUACAUUACAAACUGCCAGAAAUGUUCAGUAACAUGCCACUACCCAUGUGCAAUAGCAGAUGAUGAAAAAAAAGACGGCUGUGCAGCAAUGGAUAGGACUGGGAUGUGCACUGUCUGCCCUGGAAAAUGUGUCUGGAGUGUGCAUUUCAACCAGACAUACAGUUGGGAGUAUGUUAAAGUGAAAGAGAAGCUGACACUGCAAGAGAUAAAAGACAAGUAUAAAAAAGCCACAAAAGAAAAGAUGACGACUGAGGAAUUGAUUGAGAGACAAGAGGAAGAGAUCGUCCAUCUUCAAGACAUGAUUGUGUCCCUCAUGGAUCAGUCAGCUGACUCUAUAACUCGUCUGCAAGAGAUCGCCCUGAGGCCUAACCCUCUGACCACUCCAGAGUACAUUGACUUGCUGAUUGAAGGAGAAAAGUCUGAGGCCAAAGAGGGUUAUCAGGCUCGAAUCCAGUCUUUGGAAGCAAUGAAGGACCGGGCAAAAAUCAUCUCCAAGGUGGCCAGAGGAGAUAAACUUACAAAAACAGAGGAGGAACUGUCUGAAGAAAGACAGGACAGGAAAGAAAAGCAAGGUUUGCUAAAGAGAAUUGGAGGUUUCUUUGGACUUUAGGGUAUAACAAAAACAAAAACAAAAAAAUCUGUAAAUCUGUAUAGCCAUGCUAGCAGCUGCCACAAUGAUGAUGAUGAAUUAUAAUGUUCCAAGUACAGCUACUAGUCAUGCAAAUUUUAGCAUUUUAACCUGCUCACAAUUAACAAGUUAGAUGUUAUAGGCUAAUGCAGGGAAAGAUGCUGAUAAACUUGUCUGUCUUAAUCUCUUGUCGUCAAAUACCUUGUUAGACAUUUGGAAAUUUGAAACUGUUGGUACAUUGGCAAAGUUUGAUUCCCUCCUUCAGUCAUGAAUAGUUCAUUCUUAGUAAAUUGCUUAUUAUCUUUGUUUGUUCAGUGUCAUUUAAUGUCAUCAGGAGCUUUGGUGCCAUUAACUGCUGCCACGCAAAUGUUUGGCCGAAGAUAACAUUAAUUUUGUUAUUGAAACUAUUUAGUGUAAUAAUCACUCAAUUAUACUGUACUGGCUUUAAGACAUAUUUUCAAUUUUAUUUUUUAGUAUCUGAUAACAUGUUGAUAUAAACACACUUUCUUUCAUUCUUGGUUUAUUUUUGCUUUUAAGACAGAUGAUGAGAAAGAUGUCACAAUAAAUGGAUUUUGUUGAA